AACGGGAGAUAAUUCUGCACUCAGAGAGAAGUUCGAUGUGCAAAGCCUCGAACUUUUCAUUAUUUUGCAAAGAAAUCCAUUAACGGUGCUAGUGAGCACCAAGAUCACACAUUUAUUCAAGGUCCUAGUAUCAGUUUGGGAAGGAGAAGGUGGACAAAAUGAGCUCCAACCUUUGGGAUGAUGCUGAAGACAACCAAUCACAGUUCUCAAGGUCAGACAGGUAUUCUAGGUCAAGGUUUCAGCAUGACAGCAGGGGGACAGGAUAUUUUGACAGGACGAGCCAACAGACAAGUGGCAAAAUGUGGGGUGAUGCUGACCAAAACCCAUCACAGUUCUCCCCUGGCAGCAGAACAAUGUCUGACAGAAUGCACGGAUACGGACGAGGAUCAAACUAUGAUUUCCAGCAGGAGUCUUGGACAGAUACUACUUCACACACUAGGGGUGGUCUCAGGCCUUCCUUCAGAGAUGAGUCAUUUGAGAAGGAGCAACGUAUAGAUUACUUUGGUACCCAAAGCAGAGGCCCAACAGGCAUGGAAAGUGAGAUAACUUGGACAAGGGGGAAUUCCAGGAGUGGCCUGGAGAUGGACAGGUUGACCAAUACAUCAAUGGACACAGUCAGCAGAUUUGGCAUGGAAUUAACAGGUCAAACUUCAACUCCUAAUGUUGAAAAAGAUCUAAGCAGAUUCUUAAGCAAACGUAGUAACACAUCAAAUCCAAUGGAAAUUGGGAGUAAGAGAUUGGAUACCUUUGAAGGCGGCAGAAAACCUACAAACCCGAGUGAGCCUGAAUUUAACAGUAACAGAACUAGAGGUCCUUAUUAUCAGCCCAGAAAUGAAACCAGAACUGAAUGGUCUCAUGAAAGUCAUAGAGGUCAGUCUGCAGAACCGUUUAGGGAAUCUGAACACUUCAAAUCUGAGAUGUCGAGACGUACUCCAGCUUUACAAGGAAUGCAACAGGGUCGGGACAGUUCUGUACUUGAUACAGGAGUAAUGCAGGAGUUAAGAAUGAGAAUGGCUGCCGAGAGGCAGCAUCAUGGAGAAAAUGCAGUGGACAUGAACAAGGUCAUGAAAGUCAUGAAAAUUGUGGACCAGUUUUCUGAAGAACAUAGGCAAGAUCUGUCUCAGUCGAUAAGUGCAAUAACAAGAGGCUCUUAUGGAAAGGAAGCACCUGGUCCUCCUCAAGAAUCACGAGGUUUGAAAAGAGGUGGCAGCAUGCAUGGCUUCAGAGACGAUAGCAGCUUCAAGAGAGGAAGGAUGGAAGGCUUUACAGACAGACCUAGACCCAGCAGCUAUCAGCAAACUGAAACACUGAGAAGACCGCAGUCCAGUAUUCAACCUAGACCCAGCAGCUAUCGGCAAACUGAAACACUGAGAAGACCGCAUUCCGGUACUCAACCUAGACCCAGCAGCUAUCAGCAAACAGAAACUCCAAGAAGACCGCAGUCCGGUAUUCAACCUAGACCCAGCAGCUAUCACCGAACUGAAACACCGAGAAGACCGCAGUCCAGUUUUCAGCCAAAAGAAAAACCAGUCCCUUUACUGAGUUUGGACUUAGGUAUUCCAGAUCAGGGUUCACCAUCGGCGCCUCAAAUAUUUGAGUCGAAGCUGACGAGACUUAUUGCUGAUAUCAGGAACUACAGGGAAACUGAAGACCAUGUAAAUGACAUUCACACUCUAGACAUUUUCAUGUCUAAGUGUAAAUUGAAGAGUGAUUACAAACAGGAUUCGCUAGGGAGAAUAGGGAAAAAACUCGUAUUUACUGGAAGCUUACAGAUUAAUAAUGUCUUCCUUGCCAGGAGUGCGGGUAUAUCAAAGAAGGAAGUGAAACAUGCAUGUUAUGAGAAAGCCAUAGCAGUCCUAAUGACUAAUCCAGUGUCUGAAAUAUUGAAAUUUGAGGAUGAGGGGGUGGAGAAAUUGAGGAUGAAAUUGCUUGCUGACGAAGAGGAGAAAAAGGCUAAAGAAGUGGUUGUUGCAGCUGCAGCAGCCCCACCUCCUCUCACAUUUCGUGAAAAAUUGGAGAAGUUGAUCGAUUCUCUGAACAGUUUUGAGAAAAGAGCUGAGACACCAAUAAUCCAAUUAAAUAAUGCAAAUGUAUCUACAAGCCUUAUCUUUCAUCGGGAAUACAAGGAAGAAACAAUUCAUCUUUGGGGGACUUUCUGUCUUGUCAAAGGACUUCUUAUGCUUGACGGACAUCUGAUUGCUACAGCAGUUGGGAGAGCAUGUAAACGAGUCAAAUACAAAACAUACGCCAAAGGAGUUGAAUUUCUCAGGAACAGUCCAAUGUCUGUUGUUCUGGAGGGUGUCCCAGCUGAUGAUGACUAUACCAACCUCUCGGCACAUGACGUUCUGUCACACCGACAUGUCAGUCUUCCAGACCAUCAGACGGAGCAGAAGAUGGGCAGAAUGAUCAGUGAGGUGAAGAAUAUUGUAGCCUCCAAACAGCCCCCAAGCAACACACUCCAGAUUACUUGCAAAAAUAACCAUCUCCUCCUGACUUGCCUUUUCAAAAAAAGAACAAGAGGCGCGCUGAGCAGUUUACUGAAUGUGAUCUUUACAUUGACUGCAUCUACAUCUGCAGUGGUGAAGGCUACAAAUAUGCUGAUGCAGUGAAGCGGGCCAAUGAGGAAGCAGUAAGAGUGCUUUGCAA